CUCUCUGUGCCCUCUUCUUCCUAGCCGAAUUCUGCUGGUCUCCAUUGCGGCUACUGUUCUUGGGGUUGCCCUCUCUCUCUCCUUCCUUUGGUUUUGGGCGGUUUUCUUUUGCUGAAAAAAACUAGUUCUUGAUUGGUUCUUGUCAUCUUUGGGAGGACAUUGCUCUGGGUGUGUGUCAAGAUUGUGCUGGGAGCAUAAAGCUGGGAUCUUUGGCCAGAUUGUAGAGGGCUUCUGGUUCUUGUCACUGGGGGUGCUUUAGAGCAUUUCUUGGUGUCCAUUACUGUUCUGGGUCAUAGAGUUUCCAAUCUUUGGCAAUUACUCGGAGGAAUUCUUGAGCUGUGUGCUACUGUUUCCUUUCCCUGAUAAAUCAACCAAGGGAAGGGAAGGCUGUAUAUUUUCCCUUUCUUGUUCUUGAUCUUUGCAAUAAUUUUGAUCAUCUUGAAGAAAAGAAGUGUAAAGUGUUUGGCUGUGAAAUGGCUGAGGUGAAGCCUGAGGACAUGGUCCAUCAUCCACCCAUGGACCAGCUCCAGGGAUUUGAGUACUGCAUAGACUCCAAUCCAUCCUGGGGUGAAGCAAUUGCUUUGGGCUUUCAGCAUUACAUUCUUUCCCUGGGCACUGCUGUGAUGAUCCCAACAAUGCUGGUUCCUCUUAUGGGUGGAAAUGAUCAUGACAAGGCAAGAGUUGUUCAAACACUGCUAUUUGUUACUGGGAUAAAAACACUGCUCCAGACAUUAUUCGGCACUCGACUUCCUACCAUCAUUGGGGGCUCAUAUGCAUUUGUUGUUCCAAUCCUCUCCAUUAUCCGUGACCCAUCGCUUGCGCAAAUUGCUGAUGGCCAUACUAGAUUUGUGCAGACAAUGAGAGCAAUACAAGGCUCCCUGAUAGUCUCCUCGAGCAUUCAGAUAAUUCUUGGCUAUAGCCAAUUGUGGGCAAUUUGCUCCAGGUUCUUUAGCCCACUUGGGAUGGUUCCGGUGGUCGCGCUUGUGGGGCUUGGCCUAUUCGAGAGAGGAUUCCCUGUGAUUGGGAGAUGUGUGGAGAUCGGCCUUCCAAUGCUCAUCCUGUUUGUCGCGCUCUCCCAAUAUCUGAAGCAUGUAAAUGUCCGGCAUGUUCCAGUUUUGGAGAGGUUUUCGCUGCUUAUAUGCGUUGCUCUUGUGUGGGUAUAUGCCCACAUCCUCACAGCAAGUGGCGCCUACAAGCACACAGCCCUGCUCACCCAGUUCAGCUGCCGAACAGACCGUGCCAACCUCAUCUCUUCUGCUCUAUGGAUAAGCAUUCCGUUCCCGUUGCAAUGGGGUGCACCAACAUUCAGUGCAAAUCAUGCGUUUGGUAUGAUGGCUGCCGUCGUGGUGUCGUUAAUUGAGACAACUGGAGCUUUCAUGGCUGCUGCCCGGUUGGCAAGCGCAACACCACCACCUGCAUAUGUGCUGAGUAGAGGCAUUGGAUGGCAGGGAAUCGGUACCUUACUAGAUGGUCUAUUUGGCACUGGUACUGGAUCUACUGUUUCUGUUGAGAAUGUUGGUCUUCUUGGAUCAACAAGGGUUGGUAGCAGGAGAGUGAUACAGAUUUCUGCAGGAUUCAUGAUCUUCUUCUCCAUGCUAGGAAAAUUCGGUGCACUAUUUGCCUCCAUUCCAUUCCCAAUAUUUGCGGCUAUAUACUGCGUAAUGUUUGGCAUUGUCGCUGCUGUGGGACUAUCCUUUUUGCAAUUCACCAACAUGAACUCAAUGCGCAACCUCUUCAUUGUUGGUGUCUCCCUCUUUCUUGGCUUAUCAAUACCAGAGUACUUUUCUCGGUAUACCACGAGCGCACAACAAGGACCAGCGCACACUAAGGCUGGAUGGUUCAAUGACUACAUCAACAGCGUCUUCUCGUCUCCACCGACUGUCGCCCUCAUCAUGGCGGUUCUCCUUGACAACACACUCGAUGUCAGAGAGGCGGCAAGGGACCGGGGAAUGCCAUGGUGGGCGCGAUUCAGGACGUUCCGAGGCGACAGCAGGAAUGAAGAGUUCUACACCCUGCCAUUCAACCUCAAUAGGUUCUUCCCACCAUCUUGAGCAGAGCAGAGCAGAGCUGCCGAAAUUCAGAGAAUGCAAAGACAAAGUUCCAGAUGCACCAAGCAGUGAAAUGUAGUCUGCUUUUGAUAGGGUAGAACAGAAAGUUGAGCUGACAAAAUGAGCAAUUUUACCAGCAGGCAAGGAGGAACUCUCUUCUAGCUGUCCACUUGUACAUAGAAACGAUUCGUUUUUCUUUUCAUCAGCUUCAACACCGAGGAUGUUUGAUUUUGCUGUAAGCAAUUAAUUAAUAUCUUGUGAACAACUGGUCAUAUUAGUUUGAAUAA